CCGCCGCCAUCGGCAGCAGCAGCACCAACAACUGCAGCCUCUCCCGGAAAUGGGACUUCGAAGUUAAAUGAGACUGGAUAACGCACAUCAAUGAAGAAGCUCCUGCAUUACAUGCUUUAGGGGCAGAACCUCAGAAGAGUCAACUGCCAGAUUUGCUGUACUUUCAUAAUGAAGAAAAUUAGUCUCAAGACCAUUCGCAAGUCUUUUAAUCUAAAUAAGAGCAAAGAUGAAAGUGACUUCGUUGUAGUUGCACAGCCAUCGUUAAAUGAUUUUGGAAAAGAUGACUCCUUGUUUGGUAGCUGCUAUGGUAAAGAUUUGCCGAGCUGUGACAUCAACAGUGAAGAUGAGAAAGGUGGAAAAAACAGAUCGAAGAGUGAAAGCUUAAUGGGUACAUUAAAAAGAAGGCUUUCAGCAAAACAAAAGCAGAAAGGCGGCAAAGGUAGCACGCCAUCUGUUAGCUCUGCUGAUGAUGACACCUUCUCUUCUUCUUCUGCUCCAAUAACCUUCAAAGAUGUGAGAGCUCAGAGACCUCUUAGAUCUACAUCCCUCCGAAAUCACCAUUAUAGCCCAACUCCGUGGCCGCUUCGUCCAACAAACUCAGAAGAAACAUGUAUAAAAAUGGAAGUGAAAGUAAAGGCCUUGGUCCACUCCUCAAAUCCAAGCCCUGCACUAAAUGGUGUUCGCAAAGAUUUCCAUGACUUGCAGUCCGACAGUGUGUUCCAGGAACAAAACAAUGCAUUGAAAAGUACAGAAUCUCAGAAUGGAGAUUUGCAUCUCCAUAUUGAUGAACAUGUGCCUGUAGUUAUUGGACUUAUGCCUCAGGACUACAUUCAGUAUACUGUGCCUUUAGAUGAGGGAAUGUAUCCUUUGGAAGGAUCACGUAGUUACUGUUUGGAUAGUUCCUCACCCAUGGAGGUUUCGACCGUUUCUUCUCAAAUGGGUGGCAGUGCAUUUCACGAAGAAGAGGGUCCAGUGAGUCAAGAUGUAGUAGUUACCCCAGAUAUCUUUGUUGACCAGGCUGUGAGUGGUUUAUUAAUUGGUACCACAGGAGUCAUGUUGCAAAGCUCAAGAGUCAAUCACAGUGAUGUUCCUCCGCUCUCUCCGUUGCUACCUCCAAUACAGAAUAAUCAAAUCCAAAGGAACUUUAAUGGCCUAAACGCCACAGAUGUCCAUGUGGCUGAAAGUAUGCGUUGCCAUUUGAAUUUUGAUCCUAACUCUGCACCUGGAGUUGGAAGAGUUUAUGAUUCUGUACAAAACAGUGGCCCUAUGGUUGUAACCAGCCUCACGGAAGAACUGAAAAAACUUGCAAAACAAGGGUGGUACUGGGGCCCAAUUACACGAUGGGAAGCAGAAGGAAAACUGGCCAAUGUUCCUGAUGGCUCGUUUCUUGUACGAGAUAGCUCUGAUGACCGCUAUCUUUUAAGUUUGAGUUUCCGUUCCCAUGGUAAAACUCUUCAUACAAGAAUUGAGCAUUCAAAUGGCAGAUUUAGCUUUUAUGAACAACCAGAUGUGGAGGGACAUACUUCUAUAGUUGAUCUCAUCGAACACUCCAUCAGGGACUCUGAAAAUGGAGCAUUUUGCUAUUCAAGGUCUCGAUUGCCUGGAUCUACAACUUACCCAGUCAGACUGACCAAUCCAGUGUCUCGUUUUAUGCAGGUGCGCUCGUUGCAGUAUCUGUGUCGCUUUGUUAUACGCCAGUAUACCAGAAUAGAUCUGAUUCAGAAACUGCCUUUGCCAAACAAAAUGAAGGAUUAUUUACAAGAAAAGCACUACUGAAGGCUUAUGGGAACCUUGCAUCUUGCACUUUGGGAACAACAACAAAAUAAAAUAAAGAAGAGAGAUUGAAAUACCGUUUACAAACUUUAAUUGCUAUCAGUCUUUUGCUGCCAUAAUUUCAUUUUGUGCAUAAAGAAGGGUAAUUCAUUUUUAUUUGUUUAAUGGGUGGUCUGGGUUUUAUGUUUAAAAAUAAUGAUCUCAGCAUAUAUUUUUUAGGAGAGUGAAUAGCUAUCUUUCAUUCAGUGUGCAAAAUAAUCACAAUGUGAAUGAUAAAAGUUUUCCUAAAACUCCCCAUCUCCUUUGCUGCUAAUCCACUGUGAUUUUUAUGCAUUUGAAGCACAUUUCAUGUGUUUUCAACCAUAAGUAAAAGUUGACACUUGAUGGGA